AGUAAUGAACCCAUACACAUCUUCUUAUGACAACAAUGAUCAGAGGCCUUCCUCGCGUCCUACUAACUCUAGACCCGCCCCGAUGGUCACGGCCACUGUAUUGAGCGUUGGAGGGAGGCCAGUACAGAAUUCCCGACCAUCUAGUGGAGUUGUCUACGACAUCAACGGGAAUAUGAUCUCAUCUGGCCAAGGCCCUUCACCCUACCCCACCGUUCUCGGUACUGUCAUACAGCCCUCCGCCCCACCAGCGCCUCUCCAAGUUCCCCCUUCCAAUAUGCAGUCGGGCAUUCAUUCAGUCCAUUCAAACAUGUCACUAUUGUACACUAGUUCUAAAGCUGAGGAGCACGCCGAAUGCGCGGUCUGUUAUGACACGCUACCUGGUAAAGCUGAGGCUCCCGUUUGCGUUCUCACUGGCCCCGACAGCCGCCGAGUUUGUCCUCAUUACUUCCACGUUGAAUGUGUGAAGUAUAUGAUGAGCUCAGAUCAGAAUUCAUGUCCACUUUGCAGGACACCCUACGUCUACUAUCUCCCCAUUCCAGAUGUCGAUAAGGACCCACAGGCCUGGUUCCGGGCAGUUGAUUUGAAUGGUGACGGUAAACUUGACAAACAGGAAGUGAUGUUUGUGCUAAAGUCAACUCUGCCUAUAAACUAUCAACGGCUCGAGAAAGAUUUCGACAAAUUGUUCCGGAGGUGGGACACCAGUGGUGACGGUUACAUUCAAUAUAAGGAGCUCAUGGGCCCCACAGGGCUCGUCAACUUCGUCAGGAAAAAUUUCAGACGAGGCACGAAAGACUUGGAAAAUGGUGCAGGGUGCAUGCCAAGCUUGAGGAGCAAUAAGGUUGCCUGGUUCGAGUAUUGGGAUGAAGAUCGGAAUGGCGUAUUGGAUAAGGAGGAAGUCACUCGAGCUCUCAUUAAAACGUUUGCGUGGCAGAGGGCUUCUUUGGAGCAAAAUUCGACGGCCCGUAUGAUUAUUGAUGCAUUAUGGAGCGAUUUCGAUGUUGAUGGUGAUGGAACAAUCGAUAGUAGAGAAUUUUGCCGGUCCGAUACGGGUUUGGCCGACACGUUCCUCGCUAACACCCCUCCAUUAUGAUUCCACGAGAGUGUGGUAGUAUUCCUUUUGUAACGAGCGGUUGAGAUUUCAUCACCACAUAUACC